GCAGAGCGCUCGGCGCUGCGCGGGUAGCUGUCCGGGAGGAGGCUGUGGUGCCCGCGGCGGGCUGGCGGAGCGGGGACGGUCCCCGGCCCCAGAAAGGAGGCGACGGCUGCAGGCUCUCUGGCCUGCCGGCGGGAGCCUCCAAAACACCGCGGCUGGCCUCGCAGAGCUGGCGUGGUGGGCCAGGAGGUCCCCGUGCGCGGAGUAGGGCCGGGCAUGACCGUGAGGCCAGUUUGGCCAAAGCUCCGCCGCCUCGGGGACGCGGCAGCAACUAGGUGAGGGACACGAGGCUCCUGGCUCGACAGCACUCGCGCCGGCCGCUCCCGCUUGAAGUCCGCCUUUCGGAGUCUUGGUGCCGGACUCAGAGGUGGAGUAAGUCUGAGGCCUGUGAAUGAACAGACAGAAGCUGGAAGAUCCCCAAAAAAGAUGUGUGAGAGGACCUCUCAGAACCGGAGCGCGGGCCACUGGCUGCUGGCACUUUCCCUGGCCUGGCUGUGGACCCUCCUCGCCUCAGCUUCCUUGCAGCCGCCAACUCCCACAGGUCUGGGGCAGGCGACAGAGCCUGGGGGAGGGUUUCCCUGGAGGCCUGGAGAGCUGGGCACUGCUCCACCCCGUUCUAGAGCCCGCCGAUCGCCGGUCAGUCCUGGCGAAGCAGGGCGCCUGCGAAGUGAUUGCGGCUCAUCGCUGCUGCAACCGGAACCGCAUCGAGGAGCGCUCCCAGACGGUCAAGUGCUCCUGCUUUUCCGGCCAGGUGGCGGGCACCACCCGCGCAAAGCCCUCCUGCGUGGACGCCUCCAUCGUCUUGCGGAAGUGGUGGUGUCAGAUGGAGCCCUGCCUGCCGGGGGAAGAGUGCAGAGUGCUCCCGGAUCUGUCAGGAUGGAGCUGCAGCGGCCGACACAAAGUCAAAACCACCAAGGUGAGUUUGUCUUCGAGAAAAUGGCAGGUCCAUAAGAACAAGGGCACCCAAGAGGAUUAUUACUUUCAUGGUUUACUGCCUGCCACCACAGAACAAGGAGUAAUUAAAAUUGUAUCAAACUCAUUAGCAAUUCCAUGUGUGUCAUAACUAAUCAGUGGCAUGGCUGUGCCAUCACCAUUUGUAAAGAUGAGUGACACGUGAGGCAAGGCAGAUCCCUUCCCAUCACCGGGAGAGCAAACAAGGAGACACAUAAACAGAAGAGAAGGCAGCCUUUGGGGCUCUGAAGAGAGCUGCAUAUUUGGGGAGCACAGAAGAGAAGGAGCCACAGCUAGGAAAAAUGUAGCGCUUUCUAGCUGCAAGCAGGCAAGGGAGACAGCCAUUCUGAGCCUGGUUAAGACCAGAAGAGAGUGAGACCCACCACAGGGCUUGCGACAUUUGUCACUGUUUUAUAGUUUUGCAUUUGUU